CGCGGUUGUGGCCUGUCAUGUGACUGAGGCUCUCCGCUUGCUUAUACCUACUUGUGUAUAGUCGCUCUGUUUUGCUGCGUUCGCUGUGAUGGAGCCCUCUGUGUCUUUUAUUGCCUUGUUUAUGCUCGGUCUGGGGCUCUUCAGCUCCCAAGCUUUUGAUAUUGAAAUAAAAGAUGCCUCCAAUCAGACCUGUAUUAACGCCAGCCUAAUGGUGAAUUUCACAAUACAGUAUGAAACGAGCACCAAUCAAUUUAAAAAUGUAACAUCUGAAAUUCCCAGUAAAGUGACUACAACAGGAAGUCAUUGUGGCGGCGAAGGUGAAGAUCCUUUACUGCUGGUUGGAUUUGGGAAUAAUUACACCUGGAGCCUGAACUUUACAAAGAAUGACACUAUGUACAGAGGAAGUGUGCUCACGUUUACCUACAACACAAAUGAUACAGAUCUUUUUCCAGACGCCCUAAGAAAAGGGUUAUUGAUGUCAACUACAACAUUCCUUGAUCCAAUCCCACUGAACACAACUUACAAGUGCAAUCACAUUGAAGUUAUACCCGCAACAAAUGUAGUUCAGCAAUUCUGGGACGUUAAGCUCCAGGCCUUUGUGCAAAAUGGUGUUUCUGUCAGAGAUAUCAUUUGUGAUGCUGAUAAGCCAAGUCCAUCACCAACACCAAAACCGACCACCCAUCCCACUGAAUCUCCAACACCUGCCCCCAAGCCUGUGGAUAAACCAAUCACUGGGAACUAUUCAGUGUCAAAUGCAACUGGAAUAUGCCUUCUAGCACACAUGGGUUUGCAGGUGAAUGCAACUGUCAUCGUUGAGGGCAAGAGCGUAUGGAUGCCUUUCAACAUUGACCCAAAUACAACAAGAAGCUCUGGAAGCUGCAGCAAUGAGACUUCAGUUCUAAAGCUCACCGACAACUCCACAACAAUUGAGUUUUUAUUUGCAAUUAAAAAUAACCAUUUUUUCUUACAAGAAGUCAAUAUCACUUUAACAAAUGGCUCAGGAUCAGUAUCAAAAGUGAACAACAAUUUAACCUCUUGGGAAGCAUCAUUAGGAAGUUCCUAUUUGUGUCACAAAGAACAAGUUGUCUCUGUGUCAGAAGAUGUCUCUAUCAAUACAUUUGAUGUCUGGGUACAGCCUUUUGGAUUACAGAGUGAUAAGUUUUCUACAGCGGAAGAAUGCUUUGCUGAUUCUUACCUGAACUUUCUUAUUCCAAUCGCGGUGGGGGCAGUGCUUGGCUUUCUCAUUAUUCUCGUUCUUAUCUCCUAUUUUGUUGGAAGACGGAAGAGUCGCACCGGCUACCAAUCUGUUUAACUUCUUAACCCUCUAUUUUCUGUUUCCUUUCGGCAACAUCAUCUCAAAUGUAUCUUUGUACAUUGCAAACCACUCUAUGCAUAGUGGAAUGUAAAUACCUAAUCUGAGGAGAUUUUCAUCUUAAUAUUGGUGAAAUGGCCAUACAAAUGACUAAGGUAUAGACACUUAUUUUCUUUUAAAUUAAUACAUAGUCAUAUGUUCUCCACAUUAAGUGACACUUAAAGGGACAUUGAAUACAUUUUUAUAUACUCACAGUUUAUAUCAGCAAAUAAGCAGUGCAUUGCAAAAUAUCUACUCAUUGUUUGUUUGUUUUUUGGUGACAGCAGUCCAGAGACACACCCCUUGAACAGCCUCUAGAGUACCUUUAUCCUAUCUCCUUUGCUGUGGCCAAUUAAGGACAGGGAAAAUUAGCUAUUGCACUUUUAAAAGAGACAUUAAACAGCUUGUGCUUUUGUGUAAAAAUAAAAAAAAAUUUACUUGUACCACAUUCCCUAAUGCACUGAAAAGGCAAAUUCUGUAACCUGGGUGGAAAAGGGUGGAACGACCACAUUUUUUACACAAAAGCAAGAGGUAUUUAUUGUCCCUUUAAGUUAUCAUUGUGUACAAUGUUGCAGGGUCGUUCUAAAGUGUGCAGGAUGCACUCAAGCAUCCCUGGGAAAGUAAGUUACAAAUAAAUAUACAUUUGAAACUACCCAUGAUUAACGAACUUUGUGGGUAAUUUAAAUCUUGAAUGUAAUGUCCCUUUAAUGACCUAAUCCGUCACUUAGACUCUAACAAAUACAUUUAAAGGGACAGUCAACAUCAGAAUUUUUGUUGUUUUUAAAAAUAGAUAAUCCCUUAAUUACCAAUUCCCCAGGUUUGCAUAACCAACAGAGUUAUAAUUAUACACAUUUUACAUCUUUAAUUACCUUGUAUCUAAGCCUCAGCAGACUGCCCCCUUAUUUCAGUUCUUUUGACAGACUUGCAUUUUAGCCAAUCAGAGCGGUCUUCAUGGUAAAUUCACGUGCAUGAGCUCAAUGUUAUCUAUAUGAAACACGUGAACUAAUGCCCUCUAGUGGUGAAAAACAUUUAGAUUAGAGGUGGCCUUCAAGGUCUAAGAAAUUAGCAUUUGAACCUCCUAGGUUCAUAUGCUAAUUUAGCUUUCAACUAAGAAUACCAAGAGAACAAAGCAAAAUUGGUGAUAAAAGUAAAUUGGAAAGUUGUUUAAAAUUACAUGCCCUAUUUGAAACAAGAAACUUUUUUUUUGGACUUGACUGUCCCUUUAAGCACCAUGUUUUUGAUCAAUAAAGUAAAAAUCUACAAAAUCUAUAUUUGCAAAUAUUUGAAAUUUGAUUAUAAUUAUGAGUUAUCCAUUUUUUUUAAAUGUGGGCUUACAUAAAACCUAAUAGGUAACAACAGACAAUUCUAUAUUAAAUAUAUGGCAGGGUUAUCUUAAAUCGGCAAUGUACCAAGCUGUCAGUGAACAUUAAUAUUGACUUCCCAGAGUCAUAAACAUAGAAAAAAACUUAAGCAUAAUAAUUAACAUAAUUAAGCUAUAAAAAUUACAAAGGUAUUAAAGACAUAGGUAAAGUCCUACCCAAGAGCCACAAACAUUGCAGCUCCUGAAGUGAACACAAUCUGUGAUAGGCGGAGUCAUGCAACUGUCGCUUCUGAUUGGUUGUAUCCUGGUGGUGAACUGCAAUUCUCUGUGGCUCCUGAUAGGAGUUUUAUCUGUGUGUUUUUCCCCCUGGCAUCGUUAUUUUAACAGUUUGACAUGCACUCCCCAUGACUAAAAGAUGUGUUUAUUCAAGUGCAGUUAUAUUAUACGGCAGCUGUACAUGAAUGCACCACUUUAAAUCAAAAAACAUAUUUAGAGCAUGGCAGGGGUAAAGAAAGAGGAUGUUUGCAAUGUAGGUUUAUUGAUUGAAUAUUUGUUUUAAACUAUUUUAGUUGCUUGUAAUAUACCCUCUAGGGAAGAAUAAAAAUGUUUUAAAGCAGCCAUUAUUCUUCCCUUUUGAGCCCUGGAUUAAUGACAGUGCAGUUUUAAAUAUUACAUUAAUUUGUUUUAUACAUAACAAUCUUCUGUACGUUUUAAAGUGAUACUGUACUCAAAAAAAUUCUGGCAUUCAUAUGAAAGAGCAGUAGCUAAAUAUCUUGAAUUUCCUUUUUUUUACUGUUGUAUCACUUGCGUACUACCAGUUGCUGCUCAUUGGCUGAUAGGUACACCCUGCUCAUGCUUAUUGGUCUACAGGUACUUUAAAGCAGUGAGCAUUAUUAGACAGUGGAAAACUGAUAAAUUAGCAUGUUAGUUUAAAUUUAAACAGCUUUUUACUUUACGUUGACAAUAAUAAUGUCAAUAUGUUUCAAUAUAACAUAUCUUAUAGAUGAUAGAACAUUUUUGAGUACAGUUUGACUUUAAUGCAAUCAACACUAGUACAGUAGUUUCUGAAUAUUGAGCAAUUUGCGCUCCCCACUUUUCACUGUGACCUUUAAUCAUUUUCAGUCCAAAUAGAGUAAAACAGUGUCUUCCUAACAGCGGAGAAAUGUGAGCGACCCACCCCAGGUGAAUUACAACAAAGGAGUGACUUGGAGGCGGACCAACAGCUGGAAGCCUGGGUGUGGGUGCGCGGUCCCACCAAAAGGGUUGGCAGGGGUCCAGUAUUCAACCCGGACAGUCCAGUAACUUAGCAUGCCCUGAGUGUUAGCUAAAUAUAAAAGGCCUCCAAUGCCUACAUGCAUUACCAAUAUAGAGCAGAAUCAAGUAAGGGGCAGUUAAAGAGGCCAGUCACUUCUGUCUAUCUGUGUUACCGUCAGCGAAACAGGUAAAAUAUUUAUCUGUAUGCUACAUGCCACCAAAGGGCAAAAUUACUGCUCGGUUGUUAAAAAAAUAAAUACUUGGUGGGAUCAAGAGUAAGGGCUAAGUUAGAGCUUUUAAGAAGGGUAUAGACAGAGCGUUCCGUAUUUUUGGUAUUUUUGUAGAGGGCAGCUGACACUCCUACCCACCAACUCCGUAUAGGUUCUGCUGCCUGAAAUAAAAGCACAAGUUUCUAUUCCAAAUCUGACGGUGACCAUCCUAAUAUUUUCACCAUCUGAUGCCAAUGCUGUUGCGCUGCAAUUACACGUGUUCACAUUGGCACUGAUUGCUGGUGGCGGCCAUCUUUGAGUGGGCGCUACUAGUACUGUCUGAAGAAAAUAUAAAAUUGUCAUAUAGAUGAGGGGGGGGGGGGUUUAAAAAAAUGAUCUGUUCCUGGUGUCAAAACCCUAGGUUACGCCACUCUGGCUAUACAUCUAAAUGGGAAUUAUCAAUUAAUAACUUUAAAAGUAGGACCCUUUCUUGUUUAACAUUUGUAUUUAUUAAAAAUGAUUAAAGAAACGACAAACAAACAUGCAUUUCACAAAACAACAGUUACUUUGUGCUCUUUGUGUAUACAAAAAUCUCUUCUUGUAUAUCUACUAUAUAUGAUGUGUAAUAUAUGGAAUUGUCAGAAACCUUAGCAUGUGUAAUAAACUAACGAUCUUCAGGGAAAGUAAACAUUUUCACAAAGGGUCUGAACCACGCAUGUUUCCCACUGUAUACAUGUUAAUUUAUGCUCAUUAUUGAUUUGUUCUUCACGCUAAAGAUUAAAGGGCCAUUUAGUGAAAAAUGACAUGUUCCUAUUUGUUGAGAACAUGCCGUUUUAGCACCACUGUUCUUGUAAAUUUAUGUUUUUAACCCCUGUGAAAGGGGUAAAAUACUGCUCAGGAGCAGCAGAGAACUUCUGGUCCAGAGUAGAAAUUGCUGCAGAGUUAAAUACAUAGCUCUAAAAUUACUUCCUGUAACAAAUGAGAGAAUGUAAUUUUGUCACUAUAAUGACCCAUUAAGAAGUGUUCUCUGAAUGUUUGCACUAUGGGCGUAUUCGUUUUUUUUAUAUAUAAUAUUUUUGUGAUGCCAGUAUAAGGUUAAAGUGGAGCUGUUAACUCAAAGCAAAUUAGGUGUGAAAAACUGGCUGUUUUGUACUAGCUGUUUCAUUUUAAACAUGAUAAUUCUUAGUUUGCAGUGACUAAUUACUUUAUAUCUGUGUUAUUAAGUAGUUUGAUAGCAUUUCCCACAUAAAAAAGCACACUUAACUAAUUAGCAUAUUGCGCUCCUAAUUUGCAUACUGUGCCUCAGUAACCAAACAUAUAGCUACAGAAUCAAGUUCAGGAAAAAAUACUGACCAGUGCAAUCUAUAGCCAAGUUUUAAGAGCCCAACUUGUUUAGCUGUUGCGGGUCCACUUCUUAAGGGUAUUGUGAGCCCACGAGUGCCUUUUACAUAGUGUUUAAUGUCUUGUUAUGGUGGGGGUUUAUUUGGGGGGAGGGAAAGCAUUAGUUGUGAUCUAUAAUCAGAAGGGAUUUUUGUGUAUAGAGGGCAUUGUAUUUAUAACUGUAUAGAACUAAAUUUCCUGCCUGUAAUUAAUGUUAGCAACAUGUUAAUCAAUAAAAUUAUUUGGAGAAAAAUAA